UCCAUAAGACAUGUAGGAUUAACCUCCUCCUUCUUCUUCUUCUUCUUUGCUCAUCUAUCUUCUCCUUCUAUUCUCUGUUUUCCCUUUAACAUCUCCGGCCGCUAUUACUAUCCCUCCCUCUCCCUCCACCAAACUAUACCUUUCUUUAGAUCCAUGGAAAUUUUGUUUUGUAAGCAUCUUUCAUGGACCUCGCCACUCUUCUCUCUUUCAUGGCAUUCAAUGCCUGCCCUUGUUCUGAAGGUAUAUUUUAUUGUCCUAGGAGUGAACCCAUAUUUUAGUUUGCUAUUAAUGGUUAUUGUAAAGCUGCGAAAUUGGAUGAUGCCUUGCUUUUGAGUCCAUGAGGAAAUUGAUUGAUGGGAGGCCUAAUAUUGCUGUUUAUAAUAUUUUGCUUCAUGGUUGUGUCAAAUGUGGGCAGCAUGAUAAGGUUACAGAUAUAUGUAAUAGGAUGUUGAAGGAUAGAGUUAAUCCUGAUGUGUUUACUUUUAAUAUAUUGAUUAGUAGCUAUUGCAUGAAUAAGAAGUUUGAGAUGGCUUUGGAGUUGUUCAGGGAGAUGAGGGAGAAGGGGUGCAGUCCUAAUGUGGUUAGCUUUAAUACAUUGAUUAUGGGAUUCUUUAGGGAGAGGAAGUUUAAUGAAGGGAUUAAGCUGGCAUAUGAGGUGAUUGAUUUGGGGUGUGAGUUUUCAAGUGUGACUUGUGAGAUUUUGGUUGAUGGGCUCUGUAGGGAAGAUAAAAUCAUGGAAGCUUGUGAACUGUUGAUUGAUUUUUCAAGAAGAGGAGCUUUGCCUAGUAAUUUCGAUUUCUAUAUACUUGUGGAGAAGCUAUGUGGGAAAAGAAACACUGGAGCAGCUUUGUAGUUGUUGAAUCAGUUGUGGAGGAAUGGUAAUGUUCGAAGCGUGAUUUCUUUUACCACUUUAAUAGAAGGAUUGAGGAAAUCGAGGAAAAUAGAAGAAGCAUUCAGAUUGACGGAAAGAAUGUUGAAAGACAGUAUUAUUCCAGAAGAAGGAAAAUUGCAAAAUGUUUUCAAAAUUCGGAUUAUUAUGUCAAGAAAAAAAAUUUGAGAUUAAAAUGCAAAAAUGCUAAGAUUUGGAUUUUUAAUGCUAAUACCCUUUAAUUUAAAGACACAAAUUGGGUCAAAUUAAAAUUUUAAGUGCCCAAUUACUUUGUCAAAGAUAUUUUCUUCUAAGCGCAAUCAUUAUCAAAAUGAGUAUCAAUAUACAAUGAAAAUCCUUAUUAAGUUAGACAAGAUGAAAAACAAACCAUAUGAAUGACCUCAAAAACAAUAUUAUCUUGCUCCGCCAAAGGUACUAGAAGAAUAAAACUUAUAUUUAUAUUUAAAUAUUCAGAAAUAUCAAAAUAAAAUAACUAAUGUAUUGAUUUAAAUACAGUGAACCUGUAUUAUGAAGUUAAUUAAUCUACUAUAAUAAUGGCAUUGAAACAUUGAAAAUUAUAUAAGUUGAAUGCAACAUUAUGAUAUUUUAUUAUUGCUUAUAUUGUACUAUUUGCCUUUUCAUAGUUUUAAAUAAAACAAAAUUUUUAAUAUUGUACUAGAAAUAUACUCUUGCGUUGCCUUUGGGUAAAAAUUUUUUUCUUAAAAAGUUUCUAAUAAUAUUUUUAUUUGGGAGAUUUACAAUUUAGUCCCUGGGUAUUGCCAUUAUUAACAAGUCAGUCCCUGUAUUUUUAGAUACCUAU